AAAGCAAUAGUCCAUUGAACAUGCAAACAUAAGAGCCGAAGGCAAUGGAGAAAUCCCCAAGGUCAUUCAUGAGGAGAAAAUGGACGAUGUUGGACAAAAUCAUUUUCUUUUCCCUGUUCAUCGUCCAUAUUGGCUGUAUUUUUGCACCAUUUCAUUUUACUUGGCAUGCAUUUUGUCUUGCCUUUGCAUUGUACGUUGUUACUGGCUUAAGCAUUAGUGUUUCAUAUCAUAGAAAUCUUGCACAUAGAAGUUUCAAACUUCCAAAACUACUUGAAUACUUUCUCGCUUAUUGUGCAGCUCAUGCACUUCAGGGUGAUCCAAUUGAUUGGGUGAGCACACAUAGGUGUCAUCACCAAUUUGUCGAUACAGAAAAAGACCCACAUAGUCCUAUCAGAGGGUUUUGGUUUAGCCAUAUCACUUGGCUUUUUGAUUCCUAUAAUUUGACCAAAAAAGUUUGUCCAAAAUAUUUUACCAAUUUUCAAAAAAUUGAUAGAAGCAUAUUUAUAUGGUUCUCAAAGCACGGGAGACCCGAUAAUGUUCGUGAUUUGGAGAAGCAAAUAUUCUAUAGGUUUAUUCAUAAAACAUAUUUUCUUCAUCACAUUCUUCUUGCAAUCCUACUCUUUCAAGUUGGAGGACUUCCAUUUCUUAUAUGGGGCACGUGUGUAAGGAUCGUAGUGCUCAUGCACAUAACUUUUAUGGUGAACUCCGUAUGUCAUAUAUGGGGAAAACGUCGAUGGAAUACCGAAGAUUUGUCAAGAAACAAUUGGUUGGUAAGUUUGCUUGCAUUUGGUGAAGGUUGGCACAAUAACCAUCAUGCUUUUGAAUAUUCAGCAAGGUUUGGACUUGAAUGGUGGCAAAUUGAUUUUGGUUGGUAUACAAUUAGGGUUCUUCAAGCCAUUGGACUUGCCAAAAAUGUUAAAUUACCUUCUACAAUUCACAAGCAAAGGCUUUUUAUAGACUAUUGAGUCUUAAUCAAAAAUCUAUUAAUUAAUGUUUGGUAGUCUCAAGAGAAUAUGUUUUUAUUAUUAUUAUAAUUUUUUUUUUUUUUUUUUGUGAAGGAUAGUGUAAGCACCUUUAGCAGCAUUGACUAUAUAGAUGUUACUAUUGAUCUUUAUAUUUGAAGUUUUUGAUAUGUUUCUCAUAAA